AUGGCUGAGAUCCGCCGAAAGCUGGUCAUCGUCGGUGACGGUGCCUGCGGAAAGACCUGUUUGUUGAUCGUUUUCUCCAAGGGCACCUUCCCCGAGGUAUACGUCCCCACCGUUUUCGAGAACUACGUCGCCGAUGUCGAGGUUGAUGGCAAGCACGUCGAGCUGGCGCUAUGGGAUACGGCUGGCCAGGAGGAUUACGACCGUCUUCGCCCUCUGUCCUACCCCGACUCCCACGUCAUCCUAAUCUGCUUUGCUGUUGAUUCUCCUGAUUCCCUGGAUAACGUUCAAGAGAAGUGGAUCUCUGAGGUUCUUCACUUCUGCCAAGGUCUCCCCAUCAUUCUGGUCGGCUGCAAGAAGGAUCUGCGCUACGACCAGAAGACGAUCGAGGAGCUUCGCAAGACCAGCCAGAAGCCCGUCUCUCCUGAAGAGGGUGAGGAGGUUCGCAAGAAGAUUGGUGCCUACAAGUACCUCGAGUGCUCGGCCAAGACCAACGAGGGUGUCAGGGAGGUCUUCGAGCACGCUACUCGGGCUGCCCUGCUGUCUCGUAGCAAGAGAUCCGGCAGCCACAAGAAGUGCCUGAUUCUCUAA